AGCUUUAAUUAAUUUUUGGUAUUCUUCCUUAUGUGUUUCGGCCUGGUUUGGUUUCUGCUGUCAAGUGUCUGACUUUUGUGGUAAAUUAUGGAAUUUCAUAAUUACAAAAGGAAGUGGGCGGAAGCUUUCACUCCCUGGAAGAGGGAGCCAAAGGAGGCUCCAUACAAUCCUGAUGUUAUAAGAAAAUCAACACCUUUGAGUACGGAGGAACAGGAUGUUUUUUUGUAUCCUCCAAAUAGGCACUUAAAUAUUCACACGAAGAGGGCUGCUUUAAAAGUUUCCAAAUCCGUCGUCAGUCUUGAAUCAUACUCGGGGGAAAAGGAAAUAUUUCAAUGUUCUGGGACUAUUAUAGAAAGUGUCAACACUUACAGCAUAAUAUUGACCACUGCAAGUCUCCUUAGGUGUUCCACGAGUAGAAAUUCUAUAGCUGAUAAAAUCAAGGUUAUCGUGCACCUAUUUGAUGGAAGAUCAUUUGAUGGUCAAAUUGAGUCAUAUGACUUCCACUACAAUGUUGCUGCUAUAAAGAUUCAAUCAGACACACCACUUCCUAUUGCAUCCCUGGCUCAUUUAAGUGAUUCUAUCACGAUUGAUUCGAGUCAGCUCCGGGUUACUGAGGAGAAGCUAUUUCAACUUCGUUCGCAUUCGAACUCAUUUGAUCUUAUUCCCGGAGAUUCAGUUAUUGCACUUAGUCGUUUUUAUACGAAGCCAUAUAAGAUCAGGGCCGCUCCCGGUGAAUUCAGCAUUGAUCGCUGCGACUAUGACGACUUCGAUUGUAAAGAGCUUUUCAUGGCGAGUUGCAAAAUUAUGAGAUGCGGUAUUGGGGGUCCACUUAUUAACCGCUAUGGAGAAGUCAUUGGUAUCUGCUUUCAGGAUUUAGGAUCUAUUGCUUUCUUACCAAUCAAUAUAGCCUCCAUGUGGUGGGAGCAUUACAAGAAAUCUAGGCAAUCACGUCGACCUUGGCUCGGGAUGGAAGUAACUAACCUUUAUGCAGCUGGCCUAGAAAUUCUGGAAAGAAUUAUUUCAAAGUUCCCAGACGUCUUGAAAGGUGUCAUUGUUGAAGAGGUGGUACCUGGUUCUUCUGCUGAAUCUGCUGGGAUAAAACACAAUGAUGUUAUAAUUCAAUUUGGUGGAAAAAGAAUUCAAAGUUUCUUGGAGCUAUUCGAAAACAUGUGGAAUAAUGUUGGAGAAUCUGUGGAGCUGACUGUGAUAAGAGCAAGUCAUGAUGUUCCUGUACAUCUUAGCAUGGUGGUGGAAGAAGCCACAUCGGAUAAAUUAUACAGCUGGCCACUUUGGGAGGCACGAUGAUGCAGAAUUUUGGGUGUCAUGAUCUUUAGCCAAUUAUUAUCACUGGUCCUGAAUUUGAUCUAUUAACACAAGAAGCUACUGGUUUUGGCACAUUGUUGAAUCAACAAACACUUGCUAAGAAUGCUUUCAUGCCUCUCAAGCCUAGUUAUGAUUAUUCUAUU